UCCCCCUUCGACCUCGAUUUUUUGAGAUCUCCGAGGGUCCCUGGAGGUUUCUGGAGAUUUCCAGAAAUGAGGUUUCAGAAAUGCCUCUCUGUCCGGGGGCCUCCAGAAUCCUCCUCCUGCUCCUCCUCCUGCUCCUCGUUCUCGAACGGUGGGGCAUCAUCCAGCAGCUUCUCCGUCAUGGGCAUCUACAUCGGAGUUGUCUACACUAUCGGCCGCUUCCUCCGAAUGGUGUUCCAGGACAGCUCGAAGCGCAUGAUAUACGAGGAGCUUCCGGACACGGCGCGGUUGACAGACCUGUGCAACGGCAUCUACACCGCCCGCAUCACGGGCGACUUGUACAGAGAGCAUGAGAGUUCUACUACGAGCUCGUCCGCAUCUACCGCAGCCCGGAGCUCCUUCUGGAGAUCUCUGGGAAGUGGGGCAACAGGGGUGGCGCCGCCGGGGCGCUCCCUGUGCAG